AUGCGUGUGUCGGUAGGCAACACAACGUUAGACGACUCUGUACUACGCCAGAUCUGGCUCCAGCAGUUUGCCAUCUACGUAAAGAGUACACUUAACGUCUUCGUCGAUUCCCACAGUAUUGACGAACUAGCCAAAGCUGCAGAUCAGGCCACGGAGCGAGCUCCAAUUCUUCAGGUGCACAAAGGCAAACGUUCGAAACCCUAA